GAUUUCUCGCCAGGGAUGGUUGUAAUUGGAUUUUUUUGUCCUGUUCCUCAUUGCCUUCCUUCCUCUUCUUCGUCGUCUUCUUUGCUUAUUGUAAUCCAUGUUUCUGGGUCCCUUCGUCCUUCUCGCGAUCUCGUGGACAGGAUUAGAACGAUAACGUCAGCAUCUACCUUUGUUGUAGACAUGUUUGCCAGCAUGAGGGGAUUGGGAAGGUGGAUCUCUUUUAUUUCCAAGAGGGAGUUUUCGAAUUCCUCUUGUUUUGAAAAGGGUGCUGAGCUAAGCCAGAAAUCAUUAAACCUUUAUUCCGCGAUCAACCAAGCUCUUCACAUUGCCUUGGAAACUGAUCCACGUGCUUAUGUUUUUGGAGAAGAUGUAAGCUUUGGUGGGGUAUUCCGUUGCACAACAGGAUUAGCUGACCGGUUUGGUAAAAACAGGGUUUUUAAUACUCCACUGUGCGAGCAGGGCAUUGUUGGAUUUGGCAUUGGUCUUGCAGCAUUGGUGAGUGGCAAUAGAGCGAUUGCAGAAAUCCAGUUUGCAGAUUAUAUUUUUCCCGCUUUUGAUCAGAUUGUUAAUGAAGCUGCUAAAUUCAGAUAUCGUAGUGGGAAUCAAUUUAAUUGCGGUGGGUUAACAAUUCGAGCUCCUUAUGGAGCUGUAGGCCAUGGUGGACAUUACCAUUCUCAAUCCCCUGAAGCAUUCUUUUGCCAUGUUCCUGGUAUCAAAGUGGUCAUCCCUCGAAGUCCACAGCAAGCAAAAGGUUUGUUGCUGUCCUGCAUUCGAGAUCCAAAUCCUGUUGUAUUUUUUGAACCAAAGUGGCUUUACCGUUUAGCUGUUGAAGAAGUGCCAGAAGAUGAUUAUGUGUUGCCUCUAUCUGAAGCUGAGGUGCUGCGAGAGGGUAGGGAUAUCACACUUGUUGGAUGGGGAGCACAGUUGUCUACAAUGGAACAAGCUUGUCUUGAUGCUGAAAAAGAUGGAAUCUCAUGUGAAUUAAUAGAUCUGAGGACACUUAUACCUUGGGAUAAGGACAUGAUAGAAGCGUCUGUCAAGAAGACUGGAAGACUACUCAUUAGUCACGAAGCUCCGGUAACAGGUGGUUUUGGUGCUGAAAUCUCCGCUUCCAUUGUUGAACGCUGCUUCUCACGGUUAGAAGCUCCAAUAACAAGAAUUUGCGGUCUGGACACCCCUUUCCCUCUAGUUUUUGAACCCUUUUACAUGCCCACCAAGAAUAAGUAGUUUCUGCCAUCCGUUUGAUGCAGAUAUUGGAUGCAAUCAAAUCGACGGUAGGCUACUAAUUAUGUUGAUAUACGUUGUUUUGCCCGCCUAUAUAAUUUAAUGGCCGUUGCGCGCAUGAUCAAGGUCAACUUAUUAAGCUUGACAUUUUUAGAAUAAGAAUACUCAUUUCAUUAUAGAAUGAGUAUCAUUGUGUAGUAUAAUUUGAUUUCUUUUUGUGGAAGCAGUACAACGCGCACAAAAACUAAUCACACUUCAUAGCACGAAUGAUGUGACAACAUAAUCCUGUUUAAUUGCAAUUACAUUUAUAUUGGAUUUA